GCUGUCUCUGGUUUCAUCCUCCGCCUUUGUCCUCAUGUUUUCCCCCGGAGUUCCUCCCCCUGCGGCGCUGGGCGGAGUUUCAUACCGGACUAGACGCUCCUUUUGUCGGAUUCGUUUCGACCUGGCUCCCCGGGGUUUGCGGCUGAAAAAAACACACUUUGAAAGUCCCGAAAUCAGCCGAACGGCCUAAGUGGUGUGCAUUAAGGACCCGGGGUUCUGUCUACAGCGGCAGGAGCAAGCCGGCGGAGUCUCCUCCGUCAGUGGCUGCACGAUGAACGGCAGCAGCAGCGUCUCCGUUGCUCAGAGCGGCAGGGUCAAGGCUGAAGCAGAUGACUGGACGAAGGAGGACUGUCUGACUCUGCUGGAGAGGAUUCGCAGUCUGCUGCCAGACGGAGACGCUAUGAAGUACAAAACCACCGAGUCCCACUUCGACUGGGACAAAGUCUGCUUCGGCGGCUUCACCGGGGAUAUGUGCCGGCAGAAGUGGCAGAAAGUCUCAACGGAGGUUCGAAAGUAUCGAACAAUGACAGAGCUCAUCGUUGAUGCCAUUGAGUUUGUGAAAAACCCAUACAAAGGCAAGAAGCUAAAGACUCACCCGGAUUUCCCCAAGAAGCCCCUGACUCCCUAUUUUCGUUUCUUCAUGGAGAAACGAGCCAAAUACGCUAAAAUCCAUCCAGAGAUGAGCAAUCUGGACCUGACCAAGAUACUGUCUAAGAAGUACAAGGAGCUGCCUGAUAAGAAAAAGCAAAAGUACAUUACAGAGUUCCAACGGGAGAAAGAAGACUUUGAGAAGAACAUGGCUCGAUUCAGGGAAGACCAUCCGGAGCUCAUCGAGGAGCGGAAGAAGUCGGAUUUGCCAGAGAAGCCUAAAACCCCUCAACAGCUGUGGUACAACCAUGAGAAAAAGACGUAUCUGAAGCUACAUCCAGAGGUGAGUCAGAAGGAGCUGAAGGAGGCUCUGAGGAGGCAGUGGUCCCAACUGUCAGACAAGAGGAGGCUCAAGUGGAUCAGCAAGGCUCUGGAGCUGCAAAAAGACUACGAGGACAGCAUGAGAGCGUACCACGAAGCGCAUCCCGACGCGAACUCAGACGACCACGUCCGCUCCGUCCUCACCAAAGCUGAGCGACAGCUGAAGGACAAGUUCGACGGAAGGCCCACCAAACCACCGCCUAACGGCUACUCGCUGUACUGCGCCGAGCUGAUGGUGAACAUGAAGGACGUGCCCAGCACGGAGCGGAUGGUGCUCUGCAGCAAGCAGUGGAAGAUGAUGACGCAGAAGGAGAAGGACAUGUUCCAGAAGCGCUGCGAGCAGAAAAAGAAGCAGUACGACGCCGACCUGCAGAGAUUUCUAGAGAGUCUUCCAGAAGAGGAACGUGACCGAGUCCUGACAGAGGAAAAACUGGGUGGAGCCAAAGGUGGAGUGGGCGUGGGCUCCAGCCCUCACAGAGCCAAGUCUCCCUCAGUGAAGGAGCGGUGUCGUGAGGUGGAGCCAGAGCCGUGGGUCACCGCCGUCCUGCCCAAAGAACGACGGGACGGGAAGAAGUCGGCGAAGCUCCCGGAGACUCCGAAAACCGCAGAGGAGAUGUGGCAGCACAGCGUGACCGGAGACUACCUGGCUAAAUACAGAAGCGACCGCAGGAAAGCCCAGGCAGCGAUGGAGGCGGCUUGGAAGUCAAUGGAGAAGAAAGAAAAGAUUCCUUGGAUCAAGAAAGCAGCGGAGGACCAGAAACGUUACGAGAGGGAGCUGUUGGAGAUGAGGACUCCAACGACGGGUCAAAGGAAACCCAAGUUUGACGGGGAACCAAAGAAACCUCCAGUGAGCGGCUACCAGAUGUUCUCCCAGGAGCUGCUGACCAACGGCGAGCUCAACCACUUCAGCCUGAAGGAGCGGAUGGUGGAGAUCGGCAAGCGCUGGCAGAAGCUGAGCCUCGGCCAGAAGGACAAGUACAAGAAGCUGGUGGAGGAGCAGCAGGUGGAGUACAAGGCCGAGCUGGAGGCCUGGGUCAAGUCGCUGACGCCUCAGGAUCGGGCCGUCUACAAGGAGUUCUCCACCUCAAAACGACGCACUACAACUAAAGUUCGCAGCCCCGUAGCAAAGGUCCGUGUGACUGCGAAAGCAAAAGCAGGAAGCUCGCGAAUCACGACUCCCACCAUCCAGGUGGGCAAGAGGGCGAUGGCGUACCGAGCCAAGCAGGACAUGUCGGAUUCAGAUGAGGAGGAGGAGAAAAGUGACUCGUCAGACUCGGACGAAGACGACGAGUCGUCGGGAAGCAGCGAGAGCGAGGACGAUGAGAAUGACGACGAGGACGAUGAGGACGAGGAUGAUGAAGAUCAGACCUCCUCAGAGGAAUCUAGUGACUCGGACUCAGACUAGCUCUGCCCUCCUCCCCCCCUCCCCUCCCCCCCUCAUAGGAGAGGACAGGCUGUGCAGGCCACGCCUCCUCACACGCCGAUCAGCCUGGCAGGCCUGUGAGCGGCGGUGACGUCCCACCGCCGGUCCCUCCUCCCAUCUUCAGGUUGAAGGAGCGUUUUGUUACCUGUGUGUUUGUUUUUCCCGUUUUUUAUCGAGUGUUUGUUGGUUUUUAUCAGCCGGAUGUUUCAGACGCGCCGAGGCAGGCUUUCUUGUCUUUUUAUGGGCGGGGCCGG